GUUGCUUUCAAUCACGAACAACUCCACGAUGUCAGCCUCGUCACAAGCUCCAAUAGCUUUUGAACCUGGUGCCCAUGCUGAUGGUAAAGACGCGAAGAAAAGCGAAGAUGUGCCAGCCAACGCGGUGAGCGCCACGCCCAAGAAAAAAGAGCCACCUCCUGAAUCGCCAGAGAGCAUUCGACAGCGGAGCUAUGUGGUUCUGUCCUUCUGGGCCAUCAUAUUAAUAAUCGGGCUGCCAAUAUGGUGGAAAACAACAGCAAUAUACAGGGCGAGGUUACCGUUGGAUCAAAUGAUGGAUUGGGCUGACGGAAGAGCCUGCCGACCAGUAUUUCCCCUCCGAAUAUCGAUAGAAGCAGACUCUUUACAAGACCAUGAAGCGCAGCAUCUUCUGCGAACGACCCAACAUGCGCUGGACGACUUGAACGAUUUUUCAGCGCAUCAUUUGCGCUUAGAACUCUCUCCCUCCAAUGCGUCAACAGCCGCGACUGGACUGUCCACCGGAGGCGUAGAGAAUGAGGAAUUGGCAUUGGUGAUAAGACUUCUGCCAGGCACGACAACAAAAGCGGAUCUACAAUCAUAUGCCCCCAUACUAGACAUUUAUUACACCCCGAACCAAAUCCCAUCAAGCUCCUCCUCAUCCUCCUCGCUGGGCAACUAUAUCGCGAACAGACUGCGAGGAAUGUUUGCAGAAGAGCAAGCAAUGAUUUCAUACCUCCUAUCUACCAGCUCCGCACCUCCGGAACGAAGUCCCAAAGCAUUGGCGCCAGAGGUCGCCGAGUCCCUAGCGAAAUGGACAACGCGAUCAAUGAAGUACUCCCGAACAUACCACCUCACAUUCUCACUCUUCACGCCUACCGCCACCCCAUCGUCAUGGGACAUCGCAUCAGCGCUGGAAGAACACCUGAAGCCAUUGCUAGAAAGCUUCUCCUCAAUCUCGAACUUCACAAUCGACACCCAAGUCCAACUCUAUGCCACACCAGGGGUAAGCGGCAACGUCCUCAAGAAAGAAGACCUCAGCGGCUUCAUAAACGCCGCAGAAUGGCCCCUCAGUCCCAGCAUCGGCGGCGCGCCAACCAUCAACUUCAUCAUAUAUGUUGGAGAUAUGGAAGUCGAAGGCGGCGGGAAGGGCUGGCUGAUCCCACAAUGGGGAGGCGUGGUCAUCCAAUCCGAUAUCUCUGAUCUCCGACCUGCUAUGCUGAUCUUCUCCAACCAAUUAAUGUCAUUACUUGGAGCGCCGGAAUCAGGAUCCCUUCCCCUGCGUCUGAUGACGUUAGUUCGUGUUCGGAGCGCAGGCUUGCUCCUCAAAGCAAGCGGGACGAUGGGCAGUCUAGCGCGAUUAACGCUCGCGUUGCCGAGUAUUAGUAUCCCUCGAAGUGUGGCGGAUGGGGUUUAUACGACUAUUGAGCAUUUGAGGAAAGCCUGUGAUGGGCUGGGAGGACAGGAAGCCCUUGAGAAUGCGAGGAUCGCAGAGGAAGCUGCGGAGAAGGCGUUCUUUGAGAAGAGUAUGGUGGGGCAAGUAUACUUCCCCGAUGAGCAUAAGCUGGCUGUUUAUAUGCCGCUCCUGGGGCCAGUCGGCGUCCCGCUAGUGAUGACGGUGUUGAAGGAGGUUAGGGCGUGGAGGAAACGGAGGAGGGGGAGUAGGUAGUUUGUCAAUUUAUCGCCAUGUCUGUUCGUUGAUUGCCACAUGCAGUGUUUGUUGUUUCGGCUUACAUUUCAUAUGCCAUGAGUAAGU